GAGUUUGAUGAUUAAGUCGUGCGCGCGCUUUAAUAUGACGGAAAGGAUUGCGUGUUUGCAGAUUGCUAUAUAUACGUAUACGUUAUGCGAAUUCUUUAAGCAGUUUAUCAAAGACUACCGACUGACUAAGACGCGUGCAGAAUUUCGAAAAAGAAAGAAAGCUAAGCAGUGGAUAAUAUUACGCGGACAAGAAUCGAUUAAGUUUUGUGCCGAAACAAGAUAAAAUGGGACAUACAAAGAAUUACGUCAUUAAUACGGACCAAACAAUAUUCCAGCCAUCCGUCUCCGGUUCAACCGACACAAGUAGAGACGAAGAUGCGACAGGGAAGAACAAGGAGAGAGCUCAAUGGAAGAACGGAGUGGAGUUUCUCAUGUCCUGCGUGGCAUUCUCUGUCGGUCUCGGGAAUGUCUGGCGAUUUCCAUAUACAGCUUACGCGAAUGGCGGCGGUGCUUUUCUCAUCCCUUACAUAGUGGUACUCUUCAUCAUCGGCAAACCCUUUUACUACAUGGAGAUGAUUCUCGGACAAUUUACCAGCAGCUCCUGCGUUCAAAUCUGGUCCGUGUCGCCUUUAUUCCAAGGUAUCGGCUAUGGCAUAGCAAUAUCGGUAUUCUCCGUGAUUACCUAUUAUUGCGGCCUUAUGGCUUUAAUACUCUACUAUAUGGUGGCCAGUUGUCAGUCGGUACUUCCGUGGACCUAUUGUUGGGAAGAAUGGAAUGACUGCUUUGAUAGCUCGUCGACUGUCGGGCAAGCAAAAAACGGAAGUAAAAGUUCCGCCGAUCUAUAUUUUAGAAAAUCCGUCCUUAAUGAGACGGGAAUCGAGAAUGGGCUUGGGCUACCUUCGUGGAAGCUGGUCCUGGCGUUAUUGGUCAGUUGGAUAUUCGUCUACGUCGUGAUCUGCAAAGGUGUGAAAAGCACCGGUAAAGCGGCUUACUUUCUGGCUCUUUUUCCGUACGUCAUUAUGAUUAGCCUUUUGGUUAGAGCGGUGACAUUAGACGGAGCGGUGGACGGCAUUAUCUUCCUCUUUAAGCCCACGUGGCACAAGAUCCUAGAACCGGCGGUUUGGUAUGCCGCUGUCACUCAAUCAUUCUUUUCUCUCGGCGUGUGCUUUGGCGCGGUGACCAUGUAUUCCUCCUACAACAAUUUCGAACACAAUGCGUCCAGAGAUUGUACAAUUGUGACGACUCUGGAUCUUUGCACCAGCUUGAUGGCAGGAAUAACUAUAUUUGGAAUUCUGGGUAAUCUUGCUCAUGAGAUCGGUAGCGAUGAUAUUAGUAAUGUCGUUCGUGCUGGAGCAGGUCUGGCUUUCAUAUCCUACCCGGAAGCUCUGGCAAAGUUCACGGUGGUACCGCAGCUCUUCGCCGUACUCUUCUUUCUAAUGCUCUUUGUCUUAGGUAUAGGCACCACCGUUGCCUUUUGUAAUGUUAUCGUCAGUAUUAUUAAGGAUCAAUUCCCACACCUUAAUCAAUGGAAGAUUGCUGCUGGCGUCGCGAUCUUUGGUUUCUCAUUCGGCAUUGUCUAUUGCACGCCCGGUGGUCAAUAUAUUCUUAAUCUGGUGGAUUAUUUCGGUGGCACUUUCAUUAUCGUAUUUUUAGCUUCUUUCGAAGUAAUUGCCAUUUCCUGGGUAUACGGCGUCGACAAUUUUAUGGAUGACAUUGAAUUUAUGAUAGGACGACGACCAUCCUUUUACUGGAGAUUCUGUUGGUGUUAUUUGACGCCUCUAUCGCUAUUCACAAUUUUAAUUUAUUUUCUAAUUAAUAUAACGCCGCUCACAUACAAUGAUGAAUAUUAUCCAACACCUGCAUACGCUGCGGGUUGGACGCUUUUAGGUUUAGGAGUUCUCCCACUCCCUUUAGGAAUGAUUCUUGUUGGAAUUCGAAAUAAAGAUAACAUAUGGCUGAAUAUGGCUAAGCCGAGUACCAAUUGGGGUCCGAAAGAUUCGAAGAAAUACAACAAAUGGAGAGACUUUAAACAAUCAAAAAAGAUAUCGCAAACAUGCGCAAAGAAAUCAAAAGUUAUAGCAAUGCUGUUUGGCAACAAUCAUUGACAAUUUACAAUUACAAUUAAAUAUUUACAAUUACAUAUUCAAACAGUAUUAAAAUGAUUAUGUUAUGUAUUAAUCAUAAUGAUUAUAUAAUGAUCGAGUAAAAUUAUUUCAAAAUAGCUCUUUAUCACUCUUUAUUGCGUUACACAUAGUAUAACAUUAGAAACAAAAAUAAAUUGAUAAAAGCAAGGUGUGCGUUAAUAAAGCCAAUUACAUUUUGGCUCUCUAGCAGUAUUAUUGAAUCCAACUGCAUACAAUUAUUUAGUAUAUUAUAUUAAAUAUAUGCAUUGUAUAAAAUGAUAUGUGCAUCUUUUGAUAACUUUCUGAAAUCUACACUACAUCGGAAAUUAUAGCCAUCUAUUUUUUGUGACGUCAUAAUGAAUGUAAAGCAGUCUCUGU